UUCCCUUCCUACCCUAAUUUCAAGAAGAGGAUAAAGGUGCCUUCAGUAGAUACUCCUGGCACUCCACCCCACCCCACAGAUGCAUUAGGAAGCCUCAGGUGAGCAAUGGCAGGUGCUGGUGAGCGCAAAGGCAAGAAGGAUGACAAUGGCAUCGGCACAGCCAUUGAUUUUGUGCUCUCCAAUGCCCGGCUGGUGCUGGGUGUGGGUGGAGCAGCCAUGUUGGGCAUUGCCACCCUGGCGGUUAAGCGGAUGUAUGAUCGGGCAAUCAGUGCCCCUACCAGCCCCACCCGCCUGAGCCAUUCAGGAAAGAGGAGCUGGGAAGAGCCAAACUGGAUGGGCUCCCCUCGACUAUUGAACAAGGACAUGAAGACAGGCCUGAGCCGGUCUCUGCAGACUCUUCCCACAGACUCCUCUGCCUUUGACACAGAUACAUUCUGCCCACCCCGGCCCAAACCAUUCCCCAGGAGGGGCCAGGUAGACUUGAAGAAGUCACGACUCCGCAUGUCCCUGCAGGAGAAACUUCUUUCUUACUACCGGAACCGGGCAGCCAUCCCUGCUGGAGAGCAGGCUCGGGCCAAGCAAGCUGCGGUGGACAUAUGUGCUGAGCUCCGGAGCUUCCUGCGGGCCAAGCUGCCUGAUAUGCCACUUCGGGACAUGUAUUUAAGUGGCAGCCUCUAUGAUGAUCUGCAGGUGGUGACAGCUGACCACAUCCAACUCAUUGUCCCUCUUGUGCUGGAGCAGAACCUGUGGUCAGGUAUACCUGGCGAGGACACCAUCAUGAAUGUUCCUGGAUUCUUCCUGGUCCGUCGUGAGAACCCAGAGUACUUUCCUCGUGGUAGCAGUUAUUGGGACCGCUGUGUUGUAGGUGGCUACCUCUCCCCAAAGACAGUGGCAGACACAUUUGAGAAGGUAGUGGCAGGCUCUAUCAACUGGCCAGCCAUAGGGUCCCUCUUGGACUAUGUGAUCCGACCAGCACCACCCCCAGAGGCCCUGACACUAGAAGUGCAGUAUGAGAGGGACAAACAUCUUGUCAUUGACUUCCUGCCAUCAGUGACCCUUGGUGACACUGUCUUGGUGGCCAGACCACACCGCCUAGCUCAGUAUGACAACAUGUGGCGGCUGAGCUUGCGUCCUGCUGAGACGGCACGCUUACGGGCUUUGGACCAGGCUGACUCAGGCUGCCGAUCUCUGUGCCUCAAGAUACUCAAGGCCAUAUGCAAGUCCACUCCAGCUCUGGGCCACCUUACUGCCAGUCAACUAACCAAUGUCAUCCUCCACUUGGCCCAGGAGGAGGCUGACUGGUCUUCAGACAUGCUGGCCGACCGCUUUCUGCAGGCCCUGAGAGGACUCAUCAGCUACUUGGAGGCUGGAGUCUUGCCCAGUGCUCUGAACCCCAAGGUGAACCUAUUUGCAGAGCUCACCCCUCAAGAAAUAGACGAAUUGGGAUAUACUCUCUACUGCUCGUUGUCUGAGCCAGAGGUGCUGCUGCAGACGUAGGGCAGGUGAAGGCUGGAGUGGGCGUCGGGUGAUCAGGCCCAAAGUCUCCGUUAGAAUCACUUGGCUACAUGGUUGGUGCCUCACAGGGUCCCUAGGUACCUCCUGUUUUGCUGGUCAUUGUCCUGGUCAGUUCAUGCUGAUUAGAACGACAUCCCUUUGGUUUUCCCACCUAACCCUAUUUUUGUUACCAAACACUGUGCUCCCUAUUUCCGCCUUGCUCUAGGCUGAGUUUUCUGGAACAAACAGAGAAGGUGGAGUGCUGGCCUCAACUGUUGGGUGUUUUGGUUUUUUGCCCGAAAAUUCUUGCUUUUCUGUCUGCUCUGCA